AUGGAAGGAGGAAGCUUGAGAGUUCACAAGGUUAAUGCUGUAUGGAAUGAAACUAUGGCUGAAUCUGCAUGUCCCGCUACGGCUACCACGAAGCCUCCUCCCAGAAGGUAACAAGGUAAACAGGUAUCUCUACUUAAUUUUUCCGCUUGUUGCCAAAUGCCUUACGAUCAUCUGAUCAAUAUUUACAAUUUCUCUGCAGGCUUCCCUGGAAGUCAAUGAGGAAGCCUGCAAGGAAGGAUUCAGGCCACUGUCUGCUGGCUGGUUCCUGGGGACUGGCGGAAAAAGGUCCAUCCCAAAAUCGAAACUGAUUUUUUUCAGCCAACUCCUGGACAGCAAAAGUGCUGCUUGGCAAAAGGUGUGGAGGCUAUUUAUGGUAUGGGAAAGUGAAAGUUAAUUCAGACUUUUAAAAUCAUUAUUCUAGAUGUUCCAUUUUGAGGGUAUGGAACAGAUAUAAAUCAAGACUGUCUAAAAAUACCUUGUGGAUUGUGACUUAAGAAGCAUAUUAUGGAACAAAAAUGUUAACUAAAUAGAGUUAAUUUUUCAUGACAUAUUCAGAUUUUCUGAGGAAGAUUUUGAAGCUUGAAGAAAAGGUUUCAUUUCCCAAAGGUUUUCUUAACAUACAAUGAUUAAAAAAAAUUCAAAUAGAUGUAUAAAUCUUUAGAAUAUUGUAUGUAUGUUUUACAAUGCACAAAGUAUCCUCACAAGUCACUCUCCAAUAAGAGGAUUAAAACUAUUAUUACUCCUUUAUUAUGAAUUAAAUUUAUUUUCCACCUGUCACACCACCAGGAGGCUCUGGGCAGCUUACAAAGUUAAAUAAUACAAAUAUAUAUAACAACAAUAAUUACAAUACCUCUGAAAUAACAAAAACAAAAAUUCAUAGUAGAAGCAUAAAUGCAUAAUUUAGCAGGUGGCUUCCCUCUUCACAGCAAUUUUUCACCCAAAGCCCAUUGGAACACCCAGAGUUGAGUUGGGAUUGGAAGUAAGUAGCUCUUCUUUCUUAUUUACAAACUACAUGUAAUACUUGAUCAGAAAGAGAAAAGCCUCCUACAAGAAAUGUUUAGAUUUGGGGGUUGGGUAAGAAACGACUUUGCUACUUUUUAUCAGAGGACCUAAAGUGAAAACAAUGAUCCGAUUUUCAAACAGUUUUCGAUGUUAAAUAAUAAAUGGUAGAUAUUUUUAUAUUGUAAAUUUAACAGCUAAAGGGGAAAAGUAUAAUUCCUGUGUAAAGCAUGCAAAUUGCUACUCUGAGGAAUCUAUUUAGUUAUCAUACGGAAUUAAGAAAUUUUUAGCUUGUUCCUGAUCUUUAGUUAUACAGAUUCUUGAUAAAUUUAUUAAAAGGAGAAAAAUCCUUACACAAUUACAAAAAUUAAAAAUGGAUAUAAUUUCAAGAAAUACGCAUUAAGAGACAACAUUGUAAGUUGUUAGAACAACCGAAAAUUGGUAAACUUCACUCUGAAUUAGCACUUCAAAAGAAAAGAGAAAUAGCUCUAUACAUUAAAGAAACGAUGAACCCCAAACAAAUCUAUGCGGAUGAAGAAGGGAGAACAUUAAUAGUGGAAAUAAUGAUGGAUCAAAAACAGAUACUGAUGGUAGGAGUAUAUGCACCUAACGAUAAACAAGAACAAUUUUACCCAAAACUAUAUAAAAAAUAUUAGGUUUACACUAUCAAAAUCUUUGUAUAAUGGAAGACUUUAAUGCCAUAACAGAUGGAACUUUGGAUUACAAAAGUGCCAACAAGGGAGAAAAGGAGGAAAUAUAUUACCUAAAGCGUUUUUAAAAAUCACAGAAGAAAUCUACCAGGCGCCUUCCGACGUUCAGCCCCCGAUCCGUCCGUCCUGCGCUGGACCCAGAGACCAAGGAGAGCCCCACCUUUCAGCGGAGGCUCCCCGAUUUCCAUGCAGGGCGCAGGACCUGGGCAGGAGCAAGCGGGCGAUCAUCGGUCCUUCCCUGCCCUUUGCAAGCAUCGCCAUCCCACCCUUUGAUUUCGCUGCCCGCCUCCGAAGAAGAGCAGCGGAGCAGACAUUCUGGGAGGCCGGAAAAGGAAGGUCCCCUUUGAUUCUCUUCCUACUAGGUUCCUCUAGGAAGCACAUAUCUCUCGUUCUGGCUCCUUAUUGAAGCAGGUGAGCCCUGGAGCUCGCAAAAAAUUGGCGGGAAGGAUUUGCCUCAGGCGCAGAAGGUCCGAGUGAGCAGAGACCCAUUUCUGCUCUGCUGCAAACCGGAGAAGGGGCUGCGGAGGGGCCGGGGGACAUUUCGGACCGUCUCGGACCUCUUUUGGCUGCCCUCGAGCAGGAGACCCGACGGAAGCCCAGAGAUCUGCAGGGAUGGAGGCCGCCCUCAGCCCAGAGAUCCACCGCCGGCGCUUCCGCGGUCUCGACGGCUGCCGCCAGGAGGCCGAGGGGCCCCGGGAGCUUUGCAGCCGCCUGCACCGCCUGUGCCGCCAGUGGCUGCGGCCGGAGAGGAGCAGCAAAGGGGAGAUGCUGGACCUGGUGGUGCUGGAGCAGCUGCUGGCCCUGCUGCCCGCGGAGAUGGCGAGCUGGGUGAGGGAGUGCGGAGCCGAGAGCUGUUCGCAGGCGGUGGCCCUGGCCGAAGGCUUCCUCCUCAGCCAAGCCCAGCGGGAAGAGCCGGGAAAGGGGCAGGAGCCGUUCACAGAGGAGAUUUCAGCAGAGCUCCGGGGCAGAGGAGAUCUAUACCGUUCUAUUCAGGCGCUGUUUUUCUGGAGGAUCCAACUCUGGCCACCUUACCAGAGCUCUGAUUCCUUUAAGGGGGUGACUGUGGACUUCACGGAUGAGGAGUGGAGGCUGCUAGAUUCUGGCCAGAAGGCCUUGUGCAGAGAAGUCGUGCAGGAGUUUUCUAGGAAUAAGGCUGCUCUGGAUGGUGUGUGUGUAAAUGAGAACGACAAGGAGACAAGGUUAAAUCUACUUGAAAUAGACAAGAACGAAGUAAAAGUAAUCCUUGGCCAUCAGAGGGACACGAAAAGUUUAAAGAGAAAACAGCCAGAAGAUGGAGGGGAAAAGUCAUCCACUUCUCUUGGUAUUUGUGGCUUCCUAUCCCAGCAAGAUCAGAAAGAAAUGGGAGAAGGAAAAUAUAGAAAAAAAGAAAACAUGAAUUUGAAUUACAUAACUAUGGCAGAAACCACACUAAAAAAACCCUGCAUGCCUCUAGACACUAUGGAGAAUAACUCCUUCGCUUCUACUCCACCAGAGAAACUGUAUUGGAAAUGCAAACCAUACACAUCAAUAAAAACUGGAGGGGAUUCCAGUCUGAGCAGAAAGAGGAAAGUCUGCAUGCAGUGUGAAAAGAGUUUCAGUAACAACAGUCAUCUUAUUUGCCACCAAAGGAUCCACACAGGGGAGAGACCAUAUAAAUGCAUGGAAUGUGGAAAGAGCUUUACCCAGAAAGGAGAUCUUAAUCGUCACAAAAGGAUCCACACUGGGGACAGACCUUAUAAAUGCACGGAGUGUGGAAAGAGUUUCAUUAGUAACAGUAAUCGUAUUUGUCACCAAAGGAACCACACCGGGGCGCGACCUUAUAAAUGUAUGGAAUGUGGAAAGACCUUUACCCGGAAAGGACGCCUUAAUCUUCAUGAGAGGAUGCACACUGGGGAGAGAACAUAUAAAUGCACGGACUGUGGAAAGAGCUUCAUUAGCAACAGUCAUCUUACUUGCCACCAAAGGAUUCACAGUGGGAAGUGACCAUAUAAGUAGAUAGAUUGGAAAAAGCUACACUGGGAAAGCUCAUCUUCCUUGUCAUGAAAGGAUCCACACUGGGCAUAGACUGCAUUAAUGCACAGAGUGUGAAAAUAGCUUUACUUGGAAAGCACAAUUCUCAUAAAUAGCAUAUAAAUCCACAGAGGAUAGAAAGAGCCUUUCUGAGGAGAGAGGCAAUACUGGCCACCAAAGUAUCCACAGGAGAACCAGCCCACAAAUGUAUUGACUGUGGAGGUAAAAAAAACUUUAAUGACUAUAGGUAGUCCUUGAUUUACAACCACAAUUGAGCCCAAAAUUUAUCUUGUUAAUUGAGAAUUUGUUAAGUAAAUUUUGCCCCAUUUUAUGACCUUUCUUCCGUCAGUUGUUAAGUGAAUAGCUGCAGUUGAUAAGUUAGCAAUCCGGUUGUUAAGUGAAUCUCGAUUCCCCAUUGACUUUGCUUGUCACAACAUCACAAAAGGGAUGACAUAAUCUUGGGACACAGCAACAGUCAUGGAUAUAAACCAUUUGCCAAGGAUCUGAAUGUUGAUCACAUAAUCAUUAGGAUGUUGCAAUGGUUGUUAAGUGUCAAAAUUGUCAUAAGUCACUUUUUUCAGUGCCAUUGUAACUUUGAAAGGUCACUAAACAAACUGUUGUAGGUCGAGGACUUCCUGUACAGCAGUCGUCAAACGGAAGGCCCACAGGCCAAAUCUGGCCUACCGUGUUACAUUUCGCCCCCGGAGCCACCCUGGAAACAGUGAAGGACCGGCCCACAAUGCCUCAGCUUGUCCCAGGCUGACCGGGCGCUGAUCUACAGGAAAAAACAAAUGAAUCCAUGCAUUGAGCUUUAUUUGCAAGAGUCAACUUAUUCUUCAUCCAAGGAUCUAGACAUGGCAGGAUGUUUAUUAAAGCAUGGAAAGUGGAAAAAAUAUCUGUUUUGAACUGGAAUAUUAUCUACCAUCCAAGUGGUCACACAGGAGAAAAACAAUCGAAUAUCAAAAUUGCUGAGGGCAGAUGAGUGACCUUAGUUAGAGGAUGAUUUAUUUCUUCUUUAGGCAAAUGUUUGUUUCCACUCAGAAAUAAUUCAUGGGAGAAAAAGAAAUUCAAGCCUACUUCAACCUCCCAGCCUCCUCAGGGAUGUAAGAAGCUCCAGCAUUUGAGGGAGUGGCCAGAAUUCAUUCAUUCUUCUCUCCCUUUCUUUCCUCUAAUGCAGGAAUUAAUUCACUCUUUUCAGCUGAUAUUGUUCAAACUAUUCAUUCUCAUUGAAAAUACAGUAAACCUUAUUAGAAAGUC